AUGCUUCCUCAGAAUUUCAAUUUCGAGGUCUUUGACCACGCCGCAGAUCAGAGAAGAGCCCUUGGAAAUCUCCUCAAAACCGGUGAUUAUUCUGACCUCGUCAUCGUCUGUGGUCAGGCGCGCCACAAAGUCCACAAGGCAGUCAUCUGUCCUCGAUCGGCUUUCUUCAAAGCAGCGUGCGGCAGUGGAUUCAAGGAACCUCAGACAGGCGAUAUCGAACCGCCUGACGAUGACCCGUUUGCUGUGAGCAUGAUGAUCGAGUAUCUCUAUCACCAAAAGUACACUAUCCCCUGGGACGCGAAACUGGUUCCGGAAGAUCAGCGGUCCCCUGCAGUCACUUCCCCACCCGCAACAGCGCCGUCGAAAAGAACCCGUCAUUCUUUCAGUGGUGACUCCUCCACCAUCCACUCUCGUCUGCAUCCGCUGCAGGGUACCUUUUUUUCCGCCCCCUCUCAGAAGAACCAGGGUCGCACGAAUCUUUGGUCCUUUGUCAAAAUCUGCAUGUUCACUACAAGCUUUAUGCAUUGGGUCAAAAGUACGGCAUCGAGGGCCUCCAAGAUCUAG